UCACAUAGGUGUACUAAAACACAUAAAAUAGAUGGUAGGAUUCACUUUCGUAGCUCACUGCAAGUAACCCGGUCGUGUGUAGGUUUGGUAGUUGUUCGGAUAAUAAGACUUAGUCUCAGUUUUGUUCAGGCUUUGAGGUAACGACAGAAAACAGAUCAAGAUGUCUGACGAUAAAGACAAGAAGGGGCGGGCAGAGCGGGCUACAUCAAACGUGUUCACUAAGCUCCCUCAGAAACUAAUGCAAGAAAUGAAAGAGGCCUUCACGAUGAUCGAUCAAAACAGAGACGGUCUUAUUGACGUGAGCGAUCUUAAAGAAAUGUACUCAAGUUUAGGCAGUGUUCCUGGAGACUCCGUUCUCGAAAACAUGAUCAAGGAAGCUCCUGGAAAUCAGCUUAAUUUUACUGCUUUCUUAAGUAUAUUUAGCGAUAAACUUAGCGGAACCGACCCUGAGGAGACCCUGAGAAACGCCUUCGCCAUGUUCGACGCUGACAGCACCGGAUUGAUCACAGAGGAGUACAUGAAAGACUUACUCGAAAACAUGGGUGAUAACUUCUCUAAGGAUGAGAUCCGACAGGUGUGGAAAGAAGCUCCUAUCCACGCAGGCAAGGUCGACUAUAACGCCUUUGUAUCCAAGAUAAAGGGCAAGGAGCAGGAAGAGGCAUAAGUUCGGACACACAUAGGCAGCCAAACUACAUCAAAACCGGGUUACCACCCCUUUUAUAGAUCAGUGACUCUUUGCCAGUGCACAUUUUGUCCCAUUUAACAGUUAUUUCAUCGACCAACAACGAGCUACUACUUGUGAUGAGAGUCGUGAACAAAAAGGGGUGGAACUUUUAACACUUUGUUAAUUUCAUCAAUGCCACUUUGAAAUCCUGGAGUAAAUCGGGCCAAAGAUUACAAUCAUUCCAUUACCGUAACUUCUUUGUUUUAUUUCUGAUAAAGGAGGAAAGUCUUAGAGGAUGUCUGAUGCGUGUAUGUUGUCAGCUAACCGCAACAAUAUGUUUGUAAUCAAAGACUAUGUGUAUAACAAGAAACACAUAAGCUAAUCAAUCAUACAUAAUGAUGGACAGCUGAUGAUUAUGAGAAGGAAAAGAUCUAGUCAAUUGCUCAGGCUGAUGUUGUUAAUAUCCCCUCUAUCUAGCAGUAGUUUCUAGCUCCGCUGGGCUAUUGUUGGUUUAUCUGUUGGCCCGAUUAACUCUGAAACGCGAGAAGCACAGACACAAAUGCCAUUGCCGAAUAUAGAUUCUCGGCUCUGGUACCCGGCUAACCUGUGUAAUGACGCCCACACGUGGAUCAUACCUGUACAAUGGCAGGAGAGAAAACACAGGUGAGCUGUGCUGCCAGAGCCGAGAACCAAAACUCUGUGAUGAACAGUGGUUAUAUAUUUAGAUCCUGAUAUUGCAUCCAUGUGGUUUUACUCAAGAAAUAGCUUUAUAAUAUCUGUAUAUUCUUUCAAUAUUUAAUAAUGAUCGUAGGUAAAAGUAAUAAUUUGUUAAGUGGUAUUAUUAAAUACAUUCAUAGUGUAGGUUUAUGUUAGUGUCCUUUGCAAGUUUGUUAACGUUUCGUGAUAUUUGAUAUAGAUGUGAAAAUGAGUAUUCAAUUUGUAGUAUUUUGCAAUAUUAUGUUGUUACUUAUACUACAGAACAAUUGCAAUUACACUUUUCCUGUCGUGUCAUGUUGUUUCACAGAUUUCUUGAAUAAUUUGUAUUUAUUGAUAAUUUAUAAAUUUUUGUAAUAUUUAUCUAUUUACCAAAGACUAUUGUGUGAUAGUCUAUUUUUUUCUUUGCUAAAUGCUGUAGACAAGUACUUGACUCUACAACGGAUUUGAUAUGUUCACUUGACUUUACUAAUCGAACACAACGUCAACCCGAGUCCCGCGCACAUCCGCUUGAAUAACAUCUCGCGGUCAUUAUAAAUAUUAUGUUUUAUAUGAAAGUUUGAUGUUGGGUACUUUUAGUAUAUCAUGUCGAUGGCGUCUAUUCGUGGUUCCUGUUAGAUGGUAUUGGCAAACUUAUGUUUAUGUGAGUGUCAUCUGAUCUCGAGCUAAACCGGAUAUGACGCCAUCUUGAGUGUAUAUCACUUCUGGAAACCUACUCCCGGAGUGGAUUGUUCCUGUGUAUAUUUAUUUAAUAAAACCUCUGUGCACAGACAAA